UCGACAAUAGUACACGAUUCCUAAGCUUAAGCUAAGACAGCCAGAGGCUGAUGUAUGAAUUGGUCAAGUGAAGCGUUUUAGCCAUGAUCUGAUGAAUCCCACAUCCCAUUGAAUCGAUCGAUCCUCUGGCAUUCUCUGACUUGUGGGCGUGUCACCAUGGAAUCCAAUCGGGACGAAUCCUUGAGAUGCCUCCGAUUGGCCGAGAAAUACUUACACGAGGGUGACUUGGAGAAGGCCGACAAGUUUGCACACAAGGCCAACAAGCUCUACCCCAACACCAACAUUGAAGGCAUCUUGGCCCAAAUCGUCGAGAAGCACGAGCAAAACCAAUCGCGGAAGGAGAACCGCUCCCCUAAUUCCUCCUCAUCUACUCAGAGCCACGCCCAGAAAGCCAAAGACGCCAAGACCGAGGAAGCUUCUGGCCAAGGGGCGGAUUGCACCAAGGAACAACUCGAGGCUGUUAAACGGAUCCGAUCUUGUCAUGAUUACUACGAAAUCUUGGGCGUGGCCAAGGAGGCCAACGAGGCUGACCUGAAAAAGGCCUAUCGCAAGCUGGCAUUGCAAUUCCAUCCGGAUAAGAACAAAGCCCCAGGGGCUGGAGAGGCAUUCAAGGCUAUUGGUAACGCCUUUGCAGUGUUGUCGGACAAAGAGAAACGUCGCCAAUAUGAUCUCUACGGACCCGAGGGUACAACCACCACCUCCAGUGGUGGUAACGCCCAUCGAGGCCGCCAUGGCUUUUACGAAUACGAUCCCACGCACGGAUUCGAAGCCGAUAUGACGGCCGAGGAGAUCUUUAACAUGUUCUUUGGAGGAGGAUUUCCGUCCCAAACGGUGUACAUGCGAAAUCGCGGGGGACCCCGUUUCAGCACGCGGGCUCAGGCCCACCGAUUCACCCAAGACCGCCAACGACAAGAGCCUAGUGCCUCAGCCACUUUAUUUCAGCUGAUCCCCGUGUUUAUGGUCCUGUUUAUGAGCAUAUUUUCUGUGCUUUUUGUGUCGGAUCCAUUGUACAGUCUUCAACAGACACAGAAAUACUCGAUCCGUAGAACUACUUCUAACCUGCGCGUUCCUUACUUUGUCAAAGAAACCUUCCAUUCAGACUUCCAGGGCUCGAUAAGAAAACUGGAAUCGUCCAUAGAAGAGGACUACUUGGCCAAUCUUCGUCAGGCGUGUUUUCGCGAGAAAUCUUACAAAGAGAACUUGUUGUGGCAAGCGCGCUAUAGCGGCAAUUCACAUCUACUGAACCGAGCUCAUAACUAUCAGACGCCUUCAUGUGAUAGUCUGGAACGACUCUAUAGUUACUAGUUACUAACGGUCGGUCGGUCGGUCGGUCGGUCGGUCGGUGGAUGGAUCGACGAUUGUAGUAAGCUCGACAUGAUGGAUCCAACACCCAAUCAACCUAAGCAAAAGAAGAGUGAAUGCAUACUUUUUGAUUAGUUCUUUUUUUUAAAACCUCUCUUUCGUAUACGUGACUAUUCACAUCACUUGGAAGCUGUCAUACAGCAAAUUAUAUGACUUUUGUCCAA